AUGAGCAGCGUAGUCCAGAAUCCCUAUAUCAGCCGAACACCAACAUCUCGGAUGCCCAAACCUGGGACCAGUGGAGGGGUGGCACCUGGAGGUCGAGACAGUAAUGGAAUUUAUCGAAGUGGUAGCAUCAGCAGUGGAAGUGGAGUGUCUAGCAAGAUACUUUCCCUGUCAUCAAUGAGUGAGAGUGUGCACAGUGGCCUAACCUGUUUGUUGUCAGAGCAAGCAAUGGAGCAGGAAGAAAAGCAACAGCGCAGUCGCCACGUAGCAGAUUAUCAGCGCCUGAGAGAAGUUCGUGCAGCUGCUCAGCUCAAAAAUUUGGAGGACUUCCUUAGGAUGAACCACAUUUCACUUAGGGACAGUGUGUCUUACACCACUGGCAUGAUUUACAGAAAUCUGGGUAAAUCAGGGCUCAGAGUAUCCUGCCUUGGAUUAGGAACUUGGGUUACCUUUGGAGGUCAGGUCACAGAUGAGGUGGCAGAAGAACUCAUGACAAUAGCAUACGAGAAUGGAAUCAACUUGUUUGACACAGCUGAAGUCUAUAACUCUGGAAAAGCUGAAGCUGUCUUGGGAAGUAUCCUAAAAAAGAAAGGAUGGAGUUCUUCUAGCUUACUACUCACUAUACAACUGCCCUGGCAAGGCAAAGCAGAAAUGGAGAGAGGAUUAUCUAGAAAACAUAUACUUGAAGGUCUGAAAGCAUCACUUGACAGGCUUCAGCUGGAGUAUGUAGACAUCGUUUUUGCGAAUCGACCAGAUCCCAAUACACCUAUUGAAGAGACAGUAAGAGCAAUGACCUAUGUGAUCAACCAAGGCAUGUCCAUGUACUGGGGUACAUCACGAUGGACCUCAAUGGAGAUCAUGGAGGCAUACUCUGUGGCACGACAGUUCAACAUGAUCCCUCCAAUUUGUGAACAGGCAGAGUACCACAUGUUCCAAAGAGAAAAGGUUGAAGUGCACCUUCCUGAACUCUUCCACAAGAUAGGCAUUGGAGCUAUGACAUGGUGUCCACUGGCUUGUGGGAUCAUCUCAGGGAAAUAUAACAAUGGAAUCCCUCCUUAUUCACGUGCUUCACUUAAG